AAGCUGAUGAAUGAGCUGAAAAAGAAGGGCCUUGUUGGUUCGACCUCUGAUCUGGCCAACAUACUCAACAAAGUUUCGUCGACCAGUGGUGCGAAGCAGCCUGUUCCAACAGCCUCUUCCACAGCUAAUCCUUGUGCCACCACAACAACCACAUCAUAUGCGCAGUUAACAGCGCAGGCCGUUCCGAGCGUGCAAACAGUUUCAGCAGCGACUUUUGCGCAUGGACUUCCGGUGCCAGCAGUGCUAUCGAGUAAUCAGUUUGUCCCUGCGGUACAGCAACCGCAACAACAACCUCUAUUAAAUGGUCCAGUUCCAGCUGGCGUUAUACCAACAGUUGGUGUGGAUCUGACCACCCAUACUGGCCCUUGUACAUCUGAAGCACAUUCGCAUGGUGUAUAUGGACGACCUCGUAAGUGCUUUCUCCAAAAUUGCUUAUUUUUUCACAUAUUUGAUGUGAAGAACCAUGCUUAUCUCCGCCUAGCAAAUCAGCGCUUACACACGCAUGUUGGCUGUGCAUGA